AACCCUAUCAGCUGAAUCAUCUUCUUCCCUAGUCUGAUCCAACCUAACCCUAAUAUGGCAAAGCUUUUUUUCACAGUUCCUUUACUUCUUCCUAUAGGUCAGUGUUUUUGAAUGGAAGCAUUCCGCCAUGGCGAUUUCAUCCAUAUCUAAUACUUGUUUAGGAAUUCCAAACCUUUUUCCCAAAAACCCAAUCUCAAUAUGGAGGAAAGACAACACAUUCAAAUUCAACAUUCACGAUUCCAAUCUUCGUCUUCUUCGCAGGCCAUUUCCUAUCCAUUUACACCUCUCCACUACAAGACGAUUACAACCUUCCGCCAAAUUCAUCCGACCUUCGUCUCGACGAAACUCCUUAAGGAAGAAGCUUAACGAGCAACUACUACAACAACAGGGAGGUCAGUGCCCUAAAGUUCUAGACCCAAUUCUAAAUUAUGAUGAUAAAGAGAGCUCUAAUGUCAUUCAGGAUGUUGACGGUGCGGACUCGAGUAAGUUAAAUUCUAAUAACAUUACACUGCCUGCUAACAAAGAAGCAAAUUCUGGACAUUUGGGUGAUUCAGUCUUGUGGAAUAAAUUGGAAACUUGGGUUGAUCAGUGUAAGACAGAGUCUGAAUUUUGGGGAGUUGGAUUUGGUCCUAUAUUCACUAUCUAUCGUGAUUUAGAUGGAAAAACCAAGAGUGUGAUUGUUAAUGAGGAGGAAAUACUGAAAAGAUGUGGUUUUAGUCCCCACAAAUAUGACAGAAGUGAGUUCAUGGUCUCACCAGAGGCGAAAUAUAAAAUUGACCAUGCUAAUUAUCUUGCUAAGGAGAUCGAGAGUGGGAAUCACGCCUUUCCCGAAAGUAGUUCUGUGGCAAGGUUUGUGGUGCAAGGGCAGCAAUCCAGGUUCCUGAAUACAAUCCAGAGUCUUACUCAUAAGUCUGUUUUGUCUUCAAAGCAAUCUAAGGUUGGGAUCAUUCUAUUAUUGGGUUGUUUCUUUAUGGUUUGUGGGUUGAAGGCUUUGUUUGCAAAUAGAGAAGCUAAAGUAGAAUAUUCAAGGUUGGAAAAGGACAUGUUAAGGAGAAAAGUAAAGGCAAGGAAAGAGAACGAGAAACUAGAAAAGGGUAAUGUGGAAGUUAUUCAGGAUUUUAAGGAGGUGCAAAUAUCAUCUAAGGAAAGACCAAAAAUUAAUAAGCAAGAAGUUAUGGAAUAUAUAUCAAAGACUAACUUAUCAUCCCUUGAUUCUAGUUCUAAACCUUCCGACUUUGAUUGCAGAAUCCAAGAAAUCCGUGAAAUGGCAAGGCAAGUAAGAAAGGAUGAGAGAAAAGACUCCACACCAAGUGCUAGUGAUGCUGAAGCAAUUGAUUCAAAAGAAGAGCAUGUGAACCUUCCAAAUGGGUGCUCUAAUGAAUCAAAGUUUGUAGUUGACAAAAUUACAAAUAUCACAACAGAGAAUCAGAAAAGCCAAACAAGUGCAUCAUCAGCUUGUGAAGAUUUAUUGAAGGACUUUUAUGAACAGAAAGGUACUUCAUCAAGCACUAUAGGUUUAGCUGAUGGUGAAAGCUAUGUUGGAGAAAUAAAGGAAAAGAAGAAUUCAGAAACAGUCAGCAGUAUUGAAGUCCCUACAGUGAAGCCAAAGAAGAGAUUUGGAACAAGAAAGAUCAUUUCUUCGGUUGACAAAGCUAGGGAAUAUCUAUCUCAGGAACAUGUAGAACGGAAGCUUAAAGAAGAAUUUAAUCAGAGUGAUGGUGUUCUUGUUAAUUCAAAUAUCGAACAUGAAGCUACUCAUAAUUCUAAUAACCUAAAUAAUGGAGUAUCUAUACCCGUAAAGCCUGGUGGAUUAAUCAAUUCAGAAACUGAUCAUAAUGUGCGAAAAGAGUUGAGGGUCACCAAGAAAGCAGACGCCAAUUUUGAAGAUGUAAGAAAAGAAUAUACAUCGACAGAUACUGAACUGCUAUGGUCUGUAAAAAAUGAAGGAAAUCAUAGCCAAUUAGAAGAAAGACCAUCUCUUUCAUGUUUAUCAAAAAGUGAGAAGGGUGGGACUUCAAUCCAAGAGCCAGAUAAAGACAGCCCUUCCUUUCAAUCAUCCAAAUGCAGUGUUGAAAAUGAUUCUGCAUUCAAGCCAACAGUGGGCACUAAUCGCCCAGAUAUUGAAGAAGGAUCCAGAGAUAUAGAUGAUCAAACGUCUACCUCUGCACCAGGUAUUGGAAACAAAAGUAGAAACACAAAGGAUGCAUCCCCAAUGGACAAGGGAAGUUGGAUAGCUGAAAAUUUCCAUGAAAUGGAGCAAGUAGUGCAAAUGAUUGCAACUGGAUUUAGCGAAAACUACAAGGUUGCUAGGGAAAAGGUGAAACAAGAGCUUCAUGUUUGCCCAGACCUUAUAAGAUCUAAUGUUGAUGAAUAUGGUGGGGAACUUGAGUGGAUGCAAGAUGAUAGACUGCGAGAAAUUGUCUUUCAAGUCAGAGACAAUGAAUUAUGUGGUCGUGACCCUUUCUAUCUUAUGGAUGAUGAGGAUAAACUUGAGUUUUUCAAGGGACUUGAAAGGAAAGUUGAGAAAGAAAAUGUGAAUCUUGGAAAUUUGCAUGAAUGGAUCCAUUCAAACAUUGAAAACCUCGAUUAUGGAGCUGAUGGUAUUAGUAUUUAUGACACACCAGAGAAGAUUAUUCCCCGUUGGAUAGGGCCUCCAGUGGACAAAAUUCCUGAUUUCCUUAAUAAUGUAGCAAAUCGCGAUGAUAUGGCCAAAAAAAGCUUCAAUAAUCCUCCUGCUGCAAGAAAGAAUGGACAAGAAUCUCGAAAUAAGCCUCAGGAGUCUACAUUGAGUAAACAUGUUUCUCCUACAGUUGCCAAGGGUCAACGUAUAGAGGCUGUAAAUGCUGCUUCAAAAGAACCGAAUACUGUUAUUGAAGCUAGUGACGGUUCUUCUAGAGCUGGAAAGAAAUCAGGAAAGGAGUAUUGGCAACACACAAAGAAAGUGUCCCGUUCGUUUCUAGAGUCUUAUAAUGCAGAGACAGAUCCCGAGGUUAAAGCUGACAUGAGGAAUAUAGGGAAGGGUCUGGACCGGUGGAUUACUGAGGAGGAAGUGCAAGAGGCAGCUAAUUUCAUGGAUAAGAUACCCGAGAAAGGACGAGAAUAUAUUGAAAAGAAACUUAACAAAGUAAAGAGAGAAAUGGAGUUGUUUGGACCCCAAGCUGUGGUGAGCAAGUACAAAGAAUAUUCUGAAGAGAAGGAAAUAGAUUAUUUGUGGUGGCUAGAUCUUCCCUACAUCCUGUGCCUAGAAUUGUACACUAUUGAGGAUGGGGAGGAGAAGGUUGGAUUUUAUUCAUUAGAGAUGGCAGAAGAUCUUGAAUUGGAUCCAAAGCCGUUUCAUGUGAUUGCGUUUGAGGACCCUGGUGAUUGCAAGAAUCUUUGUUAUAUUGUACAGGCUCAAAUGGAAAUGCUUGGAAAUGGGAGUGCUUUUGUUGUUGCGCGUCCACCUAAGGAUACUUUUCGGGAUGCAAAAGAAAAGGGUUUUAGUAUAACCGUCAUCAAGAAAGGGGAGAUGCAGCUAAAUGUAGAUCUGACUCUGGAAGAGGUAGAAGAACAAAUCAUUGAGAUUGGGAGCAAGAUAUAUCAUGAUAGCAUCACAAAGGAAAGGUCUGUAGAUAUAAAUGGGCUCAUGAAAGGCGUAUUUGGAGUCAGUAAAUCUGCUAAAAGGUAAACUUCUUCAAUAAAUAGUGUGUUUUCAUAACUGAAAAAA